AUGGCAAACAUAUUUGGGCUUGAAGCCCCACUGUCAAAAAUGGCAAUCUCAAAUGCGCAUGGAGAGGACUCACCAUACUUUGCUGGCUGGAAAGCUUAUAAUGAGGACCCUUAUGAUGCAAAGAAAAACCCAUCUGGAGUCAUACAAAUGGGUUUGGCUGAGAACCAAGUCUCUUUUGAUUUGCUUGAGAAUUAUCUGGAGGAGCACCCAGAGGCUUACAGCUGGAGCUCUGGCCCCUCUAGCUUUAGAGAAAAUGCCUUAUUUCAGGACUACCAUGGCCUCCAAUCUUUCAGAAAGGCAAUUGCAGGCUUCAUGGAGAAAAUAAGAAGCCAUCGUGCAAAAUUUGAUCCUGAACGCAUUGUCCUCACCGCCGGGGCCACCGCGGCCAACGAGCUCCUUACCUUUAUCUUAGCUGAUCCCGGCGAUGCCUUGCUUGUUCCCACUCCCUACUACCCUGGAUUCGACAGAGAUCUUCAAUGGAGAACAAGAGUUAGUAUUGUCCCCAUACCUUGCCACAGCACCAACUCCUUCCAACUCACUCUGCAAUCUCUCGAAACAGCCUACGCCGACGCCGAAGCAUCAAACCUUAGAGUUAAAGCUCUCCUCAUAACCAACCCUUCUAACCCUCUCGGCAUCUCCUCUCCUCGCACCCUCCUCGAAGACAUUCUAGACUUCAUCAGCAAAAAAAACAUACAUUUGAUCUCUGAUGAGAUCUACUCCGGCUCCGUCUUCGAUGCAACCGACUUCGUAAGCAUUGCAGAGAUUGCGGAAGAGAGAAGCCAUAUAAGCUCUGAAAAAAUUCACAUUGUUUAUAGCCUUUCAAAGGACUUAGGCCUGCCCGGGUUCAGAGUGGGAGCUCUAUAUUCUUACAAUGACAGGGUGGUAAAGACAGCAAGAAGAAUGUCAAGCUUCAGUCUCGUCUCCUCUCAAACUCAAAAGACGUUAUCUUUCAUGCUAUCUGAUGAAGAGUUUUCAUUGAAAUUCAUUGAAACUAAUAGAAUGAGAUUGAAGGAGAGGCAUUCAUGUGUUGUUAAAGAGCUAAGGGAUUCAGGUAUUGAGUGCUUGAAGGGGAAUGCAGGGCUAUUUUGCUGGGUGAAUCUUGGUGAGUUCCUUGAGAAGAAGAAUAGGGAAGAAGAGCUUAAGCUUUGGAAGGUGAUACUGGAUGAGGUGAAGCUUAAUAUAUCUCCAGGGUCUUCUUGCCAUUGUUCGGAAGCUGGUUGGUUUAGAGUUUGCUUUGCUAAUAUGAGCAAGGAAACGUUGGAGGUAGCGUUGAGGAGACUGAGGGAAUUUUCUGAAAAGAUUAGAGGAAGAAGAAGAUCUCCUAAUGGAGAGAUUUGCACAUGA